AUGGUGUCCAUCUUCAAGAAAAAGAGGCAGUCCGACGCUUCAGUCCCCUCCACGGCCACCUCGUCGUCCGAACCGGCCACGGAAAAGACAGCCUCGGACCUCACCAAGAUGCAAUCGAAGGAGCAUGUGUAUCCUCCAAACAGCAAAGUCAUCCCCAUCAUGGCAGGCAUCUUCCUCGCAGCCUUCCUAACAUCGCUGGACCGACUCAUCAUCGCUACAGCCAUCCCAGCCAUCACAAACGCCUUCAACUCUCUUGACGACGUUGGUUGGUACGGCUCUGCAUAUCUCCUGCCCAUGGGAGCCAUCAUGCCAUUGCUUGGACGCGUAUACACCUUCUACGAUCCGAAAUGGGUGUUCCUGGGCUGCAUUACUGCAUUUGAGGUCGGAAGCAUCAUUUGCGGCGCGGCUAGCUCCUCGAUCGUCUUCAUCAUCGGUCGCGCAGUCGCUGGGGCCGGAAGUGCUGGUAUCUUUUCCGGUGCCAUCACCAUCAUGGUCUACAUCCUACCGCUUCACAAGAGACCAGCCAUCAUGGGCUUCUUCGGCAUCAUCUUCGGCAUCUCAAGCGCUAUCGGACCUCUACUGGGUGGUGCCUUUGUCGACCAAGUCUCAUGGCGGUGGUGCUUUUACAUCAAUGUCCCGAUCGGAGCAGUCACCAUUGUGUUGCUGGUCUUCAUGCUGAAGUUGGAUUUCGAGCCGCCUAAACACACGACCCUCUGGCAAAAGGUUGACAGACUCGACCCUAUCGGCACAACGAUCUUCAUACCAAGCAUUGUCUCACUGCUGCUCGCUCUACAGAAUGGUGGUGCAGUGUGGCCAUGGUCGAACUGGAGGACCAUUCUUUGCUUGGUGAUCUUCGCUGUUGGCUUUCCGGCAUUUAUCAUCGUCGAACUAUGGCGGAAGGAGAACGCAACAAUCCCGCCACGAUUCUUCACCUAUCGCUCCGUCAUUGCAGGCGCAAUCUACAGCUUCUUCAAUGGUGCUGGCAUGAUGGUGCUGGUCUAUUUCAUCCCAAUUUGGUUUCAAGCUGUUCGUGGAACAUCAGCCGUCAAGAGCGGAAUCGACACCCUACCUCUCGUCAUCGGCCUGGUCAUCACCAGCAUCACGGCCGGUAUCCUCACAAAGAAAAUUGGAUACUACACACCCUGGAUGUACUGGAGCGCACUGUUUGUUCCCAUCGGCGCCGGCCUGAUCUCCACAUUCGAAGUCAACACCGGUCACGCGAAGUGGAUUGGCUACCAAGCGCUCUACGGCCUUGGGCUCGGUCUGGGCAUGCAGCAACCCAAUUUGGCCGUGCAGACUGUGCUUCCAAGGAAAGACGUCGCCAUUGGAGCCUCGGUGAUCUUCUUCAUGCAAACGAUGGGUGGAGCACUUUUCAUCUCGGUAGCACAGAACUUGUUCAUCAAUCAGCUGGCCGACGGGUUGGCGAGAGCCAACAUUCCUGGCAUCAGCCCCAGUCUCGUGACAUCAGUCGGUGCGACCGAGUUGAGAAAGGUGGUGCCGCAGGCGGAUCUGCCAAGAGUCCUUCUGGAGUACAAUUCUGCGCUACGGGCUACAUUCUACGUGGCUGUCGGCGCAGGCUGCGUGCUGUGGAUUGGUGCAGCUAUGAUGGAGUGGAAGAGUGUCAAGCAGCAGCAGCCUGCUGCAGCUGGGAAGGAGGAAGUGAAGCCGAAGACGAGUCAGGAGGUGGAUGUUGAGAAGCAAUAG